CUCUCUCCUUAGUCUGACCCGCUGUCUCUCUGUCUCUCUCUCUCACUCUGUGUUCAGUGUUGUGGACAUGGCGCCUCUGUCAACGCUGCUGCAGGCGGGGAUCCGGCUCAGGCUCCGCAGCCUCCCCAAGGUGUCUGUCUGUUAUUUCUCCACCGCCCCCCGCCGGCCCUCACACUUCUACUCCAACACCACUGACGCGGUGAAGGACAUUCCUGAUGGUGCUACCAUACUGGUUGGAGGUUUCGGCCUGUGUGGGAUCCCAGAGAACCUCAUCAACAGUUUACUGAAGACUGGCGUGAAGAGACUGACCGCAGUCAGUAACAACGCUGGGGUGGACGAUUUCGGGCUGGGACUCCUACUGAAGACGAAGCAGAUCAAGCGCAUGAUCUCGUCCUAUGUGGGAGAGAACGUGGAGUUUGAGAGGCAGUACCUGGCCGGAGAGCUGGAGGUGGAGCUAACGCCACAGGGAACGCUAGCUGAGCGGAUCCGGGCUGGAGGGGCUGGAAUUCCAGCAUUCUUCACGGCUACAGGGUAUGGAACACUGAUCCAGGAAGGAGGGUCACCCAUUAAAUACAAUAAAGAUGGCACCGUGGCCAUCGCCAGCGAACCCAGAGAGGUGCGGCAGUUUGGAGACAGAGACUUCAUUAUGGAGAAAGCCAUCACAGGAGACUUCGCUCUGGUUAAAGCCUGGAAGGCAGACAAAGCAGGAAACAUCAUCUUCAGGAAAACGGCCCGAAACUUUAACCAGCCGAUGUGCAAAGCAGCCAAGGUGACCAUCGUGGAGGUGGAGGAGAUCGUGGACGUCGGGACGUUUGCUGAGGAAGACAUUCACAUCCCCAGCGUUUACGUCCACCGCAUCGUUAAAGGAGAGAAUUACGAGAAACGCAUUGAGAGACGGACUGUCAGGAAGGCGCAGGCCGAGACCGCCAAGCCCAAGAAGGACGCAGACGUGGUGAGGGAGAGAAUCGUCCGCAGAGCUGCGCUGGAGUUCGAGGACGGCAUGUACGCUAAUCUGGGAAUUGGAAUUCCGAUGCUAGCCAGUAACUUCAUCAAGCCUGACAUCUCUGUGUACCUGCAGAGUGAGAACGGCAUUCUGGGACUGGGUCCGUAUCCCACAGAAGAGGAAGUGGAUGCUGAUCUGAUCAACGCAGGGAAAGAAACGGUGACGGUGCUUCCUGGAGCUUCAUACUUCUCCAGUGACGACUCCUUCGCCAUGAUCCGCGGGGGCCACAUCAAUCUGACCAUGCUGGGGGCCAUGCAGGUGUCCAAGUACGGCGACCUGGCCAACUGGAUGAUCCCUGGUAAGAUGGUGAAAGGAAUGGGCGGAGCCAUGGACCUGGUGGCGAGCGCUGGGACGAAGGUGGUGGUGACCAUGGAGCACUCUGCAAAGGGAGGAAAGCACAAGAUCCUGGAGAAGUGCAGCCUGCCGCUGACCGGGAAAGGGUGCGUGGACCGCAUCAUCACAGAGAAGGCCGUCUUUGAUGUGGACAGGAACAAAGGCCUGACCCUGAUUGAAGUGUUGGAGGGGUUAACUCCAGAUGACAUUAGGAAAUGCACAGGCGCAGACUUUGAGGUCUCUCCUAACCUAAAGCCAAUGCAGCAGAUCUGACGCUGGAGCUGAAACGCUCCGAUAUGUCCGGAAUUUCACUCAGUAAACGACAAACAAUCAGCCAUCAAGCAACUUAACAUGUAGGAAAUCUCAAUGCAAUAAAUGUAAGUUUAGUCAGGAAAAUCAUCUUAAACCUGGUCCAGACAUCUAAUAUUUCUCAUUCUGAGAUUUAGUUCAAACUCAUUCAUUUCUAUUUGAUCAUUUCCAGCCUCUCUUUAUCCAAUUAAACAGACUGUUUUAGUUACCGUGCCUUUAAGACUAACGUAUAUGUAAAUGAGCUCUGCUCCGAUUGGCUGCCUCGUUCAAAAAGCAGCCCAGGCUGAAACACUCCCUGUGACUUCAGCCUGAAGGGGCCAAAAACCGAAACUGAGGAAAAUGCACCUUCAGUGACUCGGGCCUUUAACGGCUAGAACUCGCCACACGGGGUUAAUCGCUCGUUUUCUUACGGCCAGUCAGGAUGAGAAAGAUCAGAUGUUUGGACGAGGCUGCAGACGGUUUUAUGUGCGGUCAGACGUUGUGCAGUGACCAGCUGACGUGCAGAGUGUGCUCCGAGUCUGAAUACGGAGCAGAGCUAAAGGUCAGACAGUGACCACAGAGGCAGAGACUCAUCAGUGGAGCACAUGAUCAGCACAGUGUCCAAACAGAUGAAGUUCAUUCUUCUCCGAGUUCAUUAGAAACCUGCGCUCACAUCUCAGCCCAGCCGUUACGCAUGGAUCCAUUUCACACCCCGGCAGCCGCAGCUUUCAGCUCCCACUUCAGCUUUCCUUGUGUUUUGUAAAUAAUAAAAGAAUUUGUGUCUCAGA